CUGUUUGUAUAGUUUUGUUUGAAGUGAUCUUCUGCAGCUUGCAAGGCGGAUGGCAGCAGUUCAUGAAAACGAACAGGAAUCACCAUAGAUAAAUGUACAUCAUAUAAAUUGUCGUUGCUUCUUCUAGAUUUUCUUUCAUGACUUUAUGCAUCAGUGGAACAAUGCUAGGCCAUCACUAUCCCAACGUGGAAAAGUCACAACAACUGGUCAGCUAUGUGGAGGAUUAUUUGGAAUGUGUGGAGUCUCUGCCUCUGGACAUACAAAGAAAUGUUUCUCUUUUACGAGAAAUUGAUUCCAGGUAUCAAGAGGUGCUGAAGGAGGUGGAUGAUGUGUUUGAGAGGUACCAGGGCGAGCAGGACGCUGCCCAGCGCAAGCGGCUUCAGACCCAGCUGCAGCGGGCCCUCAUCACCAGCCAGGAGCUGGGCGACGAGAAGAUCCACGUGGUCACGCAGAUGACGGAGCUGGUGGAGAACCGCUCCCGCCAGAUGGACUCCCACUCCCUGUGCCUGCAGGAGCCCUGCGAAAGCGAGCGGGUUGUGGCCGAGAGGCGCUCUGGAUCGGUGCCGGAGGCCCCGCCCCCAGAGCGCUCGUCCACGCGCCGUCCGCGGCGCCAGCGCAACAGCGAGAGCCGCGACUCGUGCCACGCUUCAGCCAACGGCUCGCUGGCGGAUGACCCCGGAGAGGAGCCGCCGCUGUCUCAGCCGCGGGAGAAGAGGUCCAAGUCGGCCAAGAAGAAGAAACGCAAGGCGGCCAAGCAGGAGCGGGACGCCUCGCCGGUGGAGUUCGCCAUCGACCCCAACGAGCCCACCUACUGCCUUUGCGAGCAGGUGUCGUACGGCGAGAUGAUCGGCUGCGACAACGAUCAGUGCCCGAUCGAGUGGUUCCACUUUACCUGUGUGGGGCUGACCUACAAGCCCAAGGGGAAAUGGUACUGUCCCAAAUGCAGGGGGGACAACGAAAAGACGAUGGACAAAAGCCUGGACAGGAACAAAAAGGACAGGAGGUCGAGGUAGGGGAAAGGUGGUCCCUCUCUUCCCUAGAAUAUCUUGACAAGUGGGACUAGUGGACUGUUGAGACAGUUGGCUGCAAGUUGUGAGAGCACAAUCCAACAAUAUCUGUAGCAGUACAUAAUACAAGGACCUGCCAUUAAAAUGGUGCUUUUACCCUUCUGACAAGACACUGAUGCCCAUAUAGCAAAUUAUGGGAGACAGAUGUUGCUGUACAAAUCAUCCGCCUUUUGUUUAAAGUUUUUCUAAAAAUGUUCUUUUAAGACAUUUCACUUUCUUCUCCCCACAUGACAGAACAGAAUGAAAGUAUCUCAAGCUUUUGAAUCACCAUCCUCUUUGACUACUUAUUUGAUACAAGGUCUAUUGGAAUAAUGUUGUCUCUCUUUGUUGAAAUAAAAUAUUAUGUUUGGAGUCUUAUUUCCCAUGA